AUGGAACAAAAUAUUAAAUUAAUUUUAUAUGUCAAAAUUGCUGCUUUUAUCCUAUUAACGUGGAUAUGCCAUUUUAACAAUUAUAAGCUUUCUUUUAACAAAUAUUUUGAUGAGGAUUACAACAUUGGUAGAAAAAUAUAUAUAAGAAAUUCUAGAUUAUUAGCAAAAACUAAGCAAGAAUUGAAUUUAAAUGGUUUAAGCUUGAAAAAAGAUAAACCAAUUAGUGCAAAGCGGGAAAAAGGAAAUAACAAAAAAUCGAAUAGAAAAUCAUUAAAUAAUGCCAGAUACUAUACAGAAGUUGUGGAUUAUAAUAAUAGCAUGUUUGAUGGAAAACAUUUCCAUUUUGAAAAAAAAUGGAUUAAGAAAAAAGAUUAUGAUACUUUUGCUGAAAAAAAUAGGAGAAUUUAUGAUAUAGUUUUAAAAAAAACAAUGUUUAGAAGUUACGGAUUUGGAGUUGCUCUAUUUUUUUUUUUAUUCAUCUUGGGAAUAGGAUAUGCCUUAUUAGAAGGAUUUAAAUUGCUUGAAUCUGCAGGAGAAAAUUUCAUAAAGUUAUUUUCUGAGGAAAUGGCUAAAACAGCAGGACCCUAUGUUUUUCCUAUAUUAUUUGGCGUACUUACUGUUGUAUUGUCUAUCAUUAUUAUAACUGUGAUUCCUAAGAUUCUAAAAAAUAAUGAAAAAUAUAUAAAAAUUAAGUUGAUUUCUGAGUAA